CGCACGGCUCCUGAAAAUAGAUGGAUUCAGUAACGCGCGGGGGGGGAGGAGACAUCAGAUCGCUUCCCAGUGUUGUGAGCACUUGAGUUCGCCUCUUUCUGUCCGACGUUUGGGUAGAGUGUGUCACUGCAUUUGAAUUUAAAAUGAAGUUUUGUAACUUCAGAGACUGCAGUGUAGAGUCAUCAUCUUUCCGAGUUGGAGCAACGCGAACACUGGUAGCACGCUGUACGCGAACGCGCAGUACCUCCGCCCGGGACCCCCGCGCGCUUAUAGUGCGGGGUCGCGGUAGCGCUGCUGAAUGCUAAUUGCUUUGCUGUAAUCUCACACCCUCGGAAUUCUUAAGCUAUUCAAAAAAAAUUGCUCGUAAUCGAGACGCGAACAAACCUGCUGUGCCUGAUCUGCUGUGCAUCAGGUCAUUGGAAUCCGGUUACUGACUGAAAGAAAAACACCGAGGGACAGGUUCUGGAAACGCCCAAGUGUCGAAAAACAACCUCUUUAUAAGCGCGAGCAUGAAACCUCGGCAUUAUUGAUGAGAAACUAAAAAGAAGAAGAGCUUUGGAGGCCCACUCCAGGGACAGAAAGUAGGUUUGACAGAAGAGCACCUAGACGUGCAGUGACGACGGUUCCCACUUUCUUCUGCUACGACAGUCUCGCUAUUUUGCAAGCUGAUUUGAAAAGGCGCUUAAGAAAAACUUUCCGAGUGCACACAGAAACAAGGGGAAGCUACGCUGCUUUAGUCGGCCGCAUUUCAUACAGGCCAGUUUCUGCAGCCUCUGGUCUUUGUAUUCUGCACUUUCAGGAAGUUUGCCAACCUGCUGGUGGGUCAUCUACACGCCUUUUCAAAAAUGAUGCAGAUUUCAGAUUCCUACAACCAGAAGAAUUCUCUGUUUAAUGCCAUGAAUCGCUUCAUCAGUGCGGUCAACAACAUGGAUCAGACUGUGAUGGUGCCAAGUCUUUUGAGAGACAUGCCUCUGGAGGAGGAGAAGAAUAUGAACGCCAUCAGGACGAGUGGCACUGCAUCACCAUGCUUUUGCGAGAGUGACAUGUACAGUUACUAUGUUCUCUUGAAGUCCAUCAGGAGUGACAUUGAAUGGGGAAUCGUGGCAGCUGAGGAGAGGAGGAGAGACAAGCUAGGCACGUCGGCCCUGGAGGUGUCCAGGAUGGAACAGGAGGGUGAAGACGACGACCUGGAGAAGCUCUUUCAUUUCCACCUGAGUGGGCUUCACACCGUGCUCUCCAAGUUAACCCGCAAAGCCAACACCCUCACCAACCGGUACAAGGAAGAGAUCGGGAUCGGGAGCUGGGGACACUAAACUGUUGCCCCUCACCACCCCGAUGGGACGUCGUGAACCCCAUGAAGUUCCAAUGAAUGGACGGUGAAAAGCCUGAUGGUUGCGUAGCCAUGGUGAUAUCAUUUUAAGAAGAAUGUCAGAUUAGAUGAGACGUCCCGCUCUGUGUUUCAUAUUGAUGUAACUUACCCACAUUUUUGCACUGAUGUUUGCAGUGGUACUACAUGGGCAUUUCUGCUUUCACGCUUGUUAGUAUUAUGCAUAUUAAUCUUGUGUAUUUAAAAUAUGUAACAAACCGUGAAAUGUGUAGGUUACCUGAAAGCUUUAUUUAUAUAAGACUGCACAUAUAUUCUUUAAAAGGCCAGUAUGGCCAAAGAUGAUUAAUAUCUCAAAUGAUACUGAACUCAGGUCCUGUAUUAAGCAAUAACUAAAAUAUAACUUUUUUUUUUUUUUUUACAGUGAGCAAGUUGCUGUGAUUGUAUUACGCUAAAUCUCGUAUGAACCAAAUAAUCUAUGAAUGUGAAUCAAAUGAUAUUUCCGCUUACUGGAAUUAAUAGUUUCCAUGAGAUUGUUUGGGCAUUAUGACGUUUGCGAGAAUACUUGAGAAUUUUAUUAAUAUUGCUUACUUUGUAUUGAAAAAUGAUUGCACAGAAAUAUAAUGUUCUUUUUUUGUUACAAA